UCUGUUGAUAUGGCGAUUUUUUUGUUGACGAUAUGAAAAUGAAAACAACCGGCUACAAGUAACGACUUUACUUUAUUAAAUAUCUUCUGCGUAACUAACCUUCUGCAAUUCAGCAGCGAGUUAAAAUGGACGAACUGCGAGCAUUUUACAACAACCCUGGCAGAAAGGUGAUAAAACUUCGAGGUCCACAAACAUGUGGUAUUCGCUUGACGGAAGAAGACAAUACUGAUGAUCUGAACCGCAGACAGGAGCAUCGACGCACCGUACUCUUGAGCGGCACCGACUACGCCCGGGAAAUCAAGGAAAAUGAAAUUCAAACCUAUUUACGGAAUGAAACAGAAAGAGGCAAUUGGGAGAGUAUGUCCCACGGACUGGAGUCCCUGGAGCGCCUGUCUAGUUUUGGUGCAUCACAGUCCAACAUUGGUGAGCUCACCGAGGAAGCCAUGACUGAGGUCUACAAGAAGUACUCUUUCCAAGUCAAGGAAGACACGAACCACUUGCCCAUCCAUGACUUCAAGCAACAGAUAUUAGACCGUAUUCAUGGGCAACCCGUGGUGAUCAUAGAGGGCCCAACAGGUUGUGGUAAGACAACCCAAGUGCCUCAAUGGAUUCUGGAUGACUGCUAUGCUCGACGCAAGCAUUGCAAGAUCAUUGUCACUCAGCCAAGAAGGAUAGCUGCUAUAUCCAUUGCUAAGAGAGUUGCCCAGGAAAGAGGAUGGGAUGUGGGAGGGCCUGUGGGAUUCCAAGUUGGUCUAGAGAACCGAACUACCACUGAUACAUGUAUCAAUUAUGUAACCACUGGUAUCCUGCUGCAGAAAUUAGUGGCUUCAAAAACUUUGAACGAAUACACUCACAUCAUCCUUGAUGAAGUGCAUGAGAGAGGCCAAGAGAUGGACUUCUUGCUGCUAGUGGUGAAGAGGCUCCUCUACACCGUCUCCCCGGGAGUGAAGGUCAUACUCAUGUCGGCUACAUUCAACUACCUGGCCUUUGCCAGCUACUUCUUGAUUCCAACGCCGACAGGGCUGGAGCCGUCUUCUUGUAUCAAGAUUGAGAAGAAGCACACUAUGUUUACAGUGAAGACAUUCUACCUGAAUCACUUGCACAAGUUUGGAUCGCUGGUCCAGAAAGCAAUGCCCAAAAAAGACGAACCAACCAUAGAGCCAGACAUGUACAAGUUGGUGAUCAAACUGGUCAAUGCGUUUGAACAGAUUGACAAGCAGGAGGACAACUACUCCGAGUGCGACGCUGACAUCCCCUCGGUGCUGAUCUUCCUACCCGGAAUCAAUGAGAUUGAAGAUCUCUAUGAAAUCUUGACCAAUCCGAAAACGAGAGCGCAAGUGUGCGACGAGGAGUGUGCCAAGUACAAGUGGUGGGUGCUGCCUCUUCACUCCACCAUCACUGCGGAUGAACAGGUGCGGGUGUUCCAGCGAGCGCCGCCCGGACACCGCAAGAUCAUACUGUCCACUAACCUGGCUGAGAGCUCUAUCACUGUGCCCGAUAUCAAGUAUGUGAUCGACUUCUGCCUCAUGAAGAUCCUGGUGGCGGACGAGCAGACCAACUUCACGUCGCUGCAGCUGCACUGGGCGGCCAAGAACAACUGCGAGCAGCGGGCAGGGCGCGCGGGCCGCGUGCGCGACGGACGCGUCUACCGACUCGUCACCGACAAGUUCUAUGAGACCCUCCCACAAGAGUGUGCGCCCGAGAUCCAGCGCUGCCCGCUGGAGCGGCUCGUGCUGCUGGCCAAGAUGCUGGACAUGGGCCCGCCCAGCCACGUGCUGGCGCUGGCCAUGGACCCGCCCGACAUGGCGCACAUACACCGCACCACGCUCGUGCUCAAGGAGGUGGGAGCGCUCAAGAAGACGCUAGACGGCGAGCUGAGUGUAGCAGACGGUGACAUCACGUACCUGGGCCGGGUCAUGGCCAAGCUGCCGCUGGACGUGCGCGUGUCCAAGCUCAUCAUGCUGGGACACAUCUUCGGAUGCUUGGAGGACACUGUUAUCAUGGCUGCGGCCAUGUCGGUGAAGAAUAUCUUCAGCAGUCCGUUCCGUGAGCGCCUCGACGCCUACAACUCCAAGUUGACCUGGGCGGACGGGUCUACCAGCGACUGCAUUGCGUUCCUCAAUGUUUACAAAGUAUGGACCCACCUGCGCAAACAACAGCACUUCAAGCACCGCAACGGCUCGGACGAGAGGUCCUGGGCCAGGUCGUUCUACGUGCAGGUGCGGGCUCUACGCGAGCUGGAUGACCUGGUGCGGGAGCUGAAGCUGCGGCUGAGUAGGGAGGGGAUCGAGGCGGGACAGAGUCCGUGGAGCAAGAGCGAACUGCCGUUGGUGCUUAAGGUCCUAAUCGCCGGCGCGUUCUACCCGCACUACUUCAUACAAGUGGGCGGGGACGAACAACGCGAGCGCGACGCGGUCAAGACCCUGGGAGGCCUCAACCCACGUACUACCGUAUACCUGAAGGACUUCCCGGCGACGCAGCCCGGCGAGGUCUACGCCUCCUCUAUUAGGAAGAUCGUGCAGCAACUUACCAGCGACGAACCCCGGGUUACGUUCGAUAAGAAUAGCGCGAAAGUAUACCUGUCGUUUGACGACGACGGUUCGACAGGAAAUCGCGGCAAUAACAAACACAAUCCAAAUAUCCCUGGCAAAGUGGUGCUCCCAGUGUACAAAGCUAUCAAAGCUCGCCAGCUCAAGAUGGACAUCCGCCUCGCUUUACUGCCACAAGAGAAAGCGGACGAGCUGGCGGCGGCGCUGCAGCUGAGCAAGAUGGCGCUGGACAAGGACCUGGCCGUGCCCAAGCUGCCCGAGAUCGACGACACGCACUUCCCGCUCACCAUAUCUCACUUCAUAGACGUGGGUCGAUUCUACGUGCAGUACGACGACGCAUCAACAUCGUCCGACGUGCAGUGCGUGCUACACGAGCUGAACUCGCAGCGGCUGCUCGCUUUUACUGGAGAGGUGGCGCCGGGCGGCGUGUACGCGGCCCCCUACCACGACCAGAAGCGCGCUAGCACGCAUUACAGGGUCACUGUGAUGAAGGUGCUGCCGGAUAGUAUGGUUUGGGUAUUCUACAUGGACUACGGCAUGUACGGGCGUGUCAACUCCACCGAGCUGCGGGAGCUGCCUAAAGGCGCGUGCAGCUUGCUGCCUCCACUGGCCAUGCAGUGCGUGCUGGCCGAGGUGCAGCCCUCGCCGCUGCUGGAGGCGCGCGCGCAGUGGACCGCGCAGGCCCGGGACCUCUUCCACGACCUCGCUAGGAGGAAGCCGCUGCUCGGGAAGGUGUACUCUGUGGCGCACGGCGUGGUGUCCAUAGAGCUGCUGGCCAAGAACGGACAGAUCAACGUGAACCAGGCGCUGGUGGAGCGAGGCUACGCGGUGCCGUGCGAGGAGAGCUACGAGUCCAAGUUGAACCACGACCUCCGCGAGACAGCUACGGAGUUGAACAUGGCGCAGAAGCGCGCGUACAACCGGCAGCAGGUGGAGCUGGCGUUCCAGGAGCUGCGGGAGGCGGCGCCGCCGAGCGUCCGCGACUGCGUGGCCGACGUGCUUCUGAAGGGACCCUUCAGUCCACUGGAGUCUACAGUGCACAACCUGAUGUUCGCGAGCCGCGACAAGCAGGUGGUCAUCGAGUGGAACUCCGUCAACGCCGUGUUGCUGGACACCGACCCACAGGCGGUCUACGAAAGGUUGCUAGUCGCCGGCGUGGUGGGCACCAACGAGUCUGCGGGCAAACUGACUCUUCGUCACACUACGCUCAUGCCGAAUAUCCCCGGCCUGCCCGCUAUUAUUGCACUGCUGUUCUGUCCUACUACGGAGCUGCGGCGAGACAGCACCGGCACUCGGUACGUGAGCGCGCUGUGCGGGCUCGGCAGCACGGACAGUGGCGCCCCCCUGUUCCCCGAGCACGACCUGCUGGUCGACGUGGACGCCGAGCUCAGCGUCGACGACAUCGGCGAGAUUAACCACAUCCGCCACCUGAUGGACUACAUGAUGCUGUGCGGGCCGGGGCAGGACUCGCCCAGCGCCGACGACGAGUUCCGCCCGCAGGUGCCCGCCAUCAUCCGCCGGGAGCUCAUGCAACUGCUAUGCAAGCGUCGCAAGCACCGCGAGUGUCAAUCCGUAGCUCACGCAUGGGACUGGAACUCAGUUCCCGAAGACGAGUUACUUGAGAUCACUCAACCGGACAUGUUGGCGGUGGCUGUGGUGUUCCCGCUGCACGCGCCGCUCGAGCUGCGCGCGCUGGAGCCCGACGCCGUGCGCCUCAUGAAGCAGGAGAACGACCAGCUCACAACCCUGGUCAUGAGGACCCCCCUCUCCUCGAGCAAGGAGCUGCCGUGCAAGCUGUGCGGCACGGAGCCCAUGCCCAUGCAGGCCAUGCGCCUCCAUCUGUCCUCGCUAGCGCACCGGGACAAGGAGAAGGACUUCCGCAUGUUUGACGCGUAAACUUUGUUGUGACGAGGAUGGGUGGCAAAACGACGUAGCU